AUGAGCAACAUCAAAUCAAAAGACCUAAGCUACGACAAAUCAGCCUCACAGCCAGCAUUCCUUCAGCGCCUGCGCGAUCAAAACAGCGCAAUAGCUUCUUCCGGCCGCCACGAACAACCCAUCGCCCGCGCACAGCGAGCAAAAAGUCUGGCGNAUGAUGACGACGACGCACCAACCUAUGUGGUAGAAGGAAGCUCUGAAACGCUAACCAAAGCCGAGUAUGAGAAACUCACUUCUGGUGAUGGCGAGGAGAGUGAUGCAAAGUCCAAGUUUGGCGAUGUCAAGGNNGAUAUGGUGACUGGAGAGUUGACGGGGGACUCGCCAAAAGCAUCGGGGGCGUUGCCUGAUGAGAGCGAUGCGCCUGCCCGAGCAUCUGCGACUGUCGAUGCCGGGAAAGCAACCAAGAAGCGCAAGGUGGCCAAAGUGGUAGGAGGUGAUGACGAAGACGAAGCAAACACCAAAGACGCAAGCAAAGACGAAAGCAAACAAAAAAAGAUCAAGAAAAGGGCANAGCCGAUAAAGCUUUCUUUUGGCGAUGAAGAAUGA